UAAGGACAUAUAAAAUAGAUCGAUACUACAUGCGAAUCAACUUAAAAAUCUAUCACCAUACCAUGUACGAUCGGAAUUAAAAGUCGAUAAAAAGGAUCAGAAUGAAUCUGAGAGACAGUUUAUAUUACAAACAAUAAAAACCGAACCAUUACGAGAUGUCAUUGCGGAAUGAAAGUGCGAUAGUUUUAUCUGUAUUUCUUGGUUUUACGUCGAUUUACCGGCAUCUAUCAAAAGAGUCCUUGUUUUCAAUCCUCAGGUAAACUGAUAUUAUUCUAUAGAAAAUAGUCAUCAAUAUUUCAAGACUUCGAAAUGAAUUAAAAUUCAUUAUGUUUGAUGCUUAUUUUAUCAGUUUUACAAUUAUCUAUUGAUUGCGAACUUAUUGACAAUGUCACAAUACAUGCUUCAUUUAUAAAACUGGAGAGUUCUGGGAAGCAGGUAGAGGUGAAGUUAUCCUUAAAGUAGAUCAAAUGUGCGAGGUAUUUCCGAAUGGUUCCGAGGAAAUAGCUUGAUAUAUAUAUGUUUAUAUUCAUAAUUUAAAACAGAGAGGUUUCGAAAUUAUGAGUAUAUUUAGAAGGCGAUAAAUAUUUAUUAAAUACACUAUGGGGACUUGAUGUAUGAAUAGACAUAUUUGUAUACUUAUAACAAUUACUCUGAAGUAGAAAAAAGUGAUUUGCAUCAGUGAUGCAUAACAUUCAAAAUGAUAUCUGGAAUAACACAUAUGACACUAUGUGAUAGAAUUUCCAAAUACCGAAAAAAAGUCGUGAAAGAAUGGAAUAUAUAAAACGAAAGGAAAAACUAAAAAGAUCGGAUGAUACAAAAGUUAAACUUAAUGUUGGAGGAGUUAUUUUCGAAACAUGGGCUAGUACUCUUGAGAGUAUACAGGGCACCAGAUUAGCCCUGCUGGCUCAUCUGAAAGAAGCAGACGAGUCCUGGGACCGGGAAAAGCAGGAAUUUUUCUUCGAUAGACAUCCGGGUGCUUUCACCACAAUACUUCACUACUACAGGUCUGACGAGUUACACAUUGAUCAAAAUAUUUGUGGCAACAUUAUAAGAGGGGAACUUGAAUAUUGGGGUUUGACAGAAUUAGACAUAGAACCGUGUUGCUGGGGCACAUACAGUAAGUACAAAGAUCACAAAGAAACAUUGGCCGCGCUGGAUGACAAUUUCACUUCUUCGUUUGAACCGGAGUUAUAUGAUGAAAAUACGUCAAGUUUCACAAAAUUCAAAAUACAAGCAUGGCAAUUUUUAGAGGAACCUUCGUCGUCAAGAGGAGCCAAGACCUUUGCGGUUAUCUCCAUGUUUUUCGUAGUUAUGUCUAUAGCUAUAUUUUGUUUAGAGACAUACCACAAGUUCCGUGUUCCUAUAGAUGGCGCUCAACCUAUCAAUAAAACAAAAUAUGAAUUACUUCAGGCACCUAAUGAAGAUUAUUGUAUUAAAGAAACAGUGACUAGUGCAGAAUACAAGUUUUCAGAUACAAAACCGCAUGUUGUUAUGACUAUUCUUGAUUAUGUGUGUGCAGCUUAUUUCACAACAGAGUUUGUCAUUCGUGUCUUUUUCGCUCCAAGAAAAAUACAGUUUUUCCGCCAGCCAUUGAAUAUAAUAGAUUUGUUAUGUUUAAUUCCACAUCUUAUAGCCAUCAUUCUUGUUACUAUAAACCCAAAUGAUAGCACAAGUCAACUUUUUAAAUCUAUGUUAGCGCUAAGAACCAUUCGAAUAUUAAGAAUUUUUAAACUGAUGAAGCAUUACAGCGCUUUUAACAUAUUAGUGUACACAAUCAAAGUUAGUACUAAGGAAUUACUGCUGAUGGUCGUGUUUUUAUUCACUGGUGUUUUAAUUUUUGCCAGUGUUGUGUUCUACGUUGAAUCGGAAACAUUUGAAAACAUUCCAAUCGGAUUUUGGUGGGCACUCGUAACCAUGACGACAGUCGGAUAUGGAGAUAAAGUUCCCAAAACUGAGGGUGGUUAUAUCAUUGGUUGUGCAGCUGUACUUUGUGGUGUUCUGACUGUGGCAUUUACUGUUCCGAUUGUCGUCAAUAAUUUUACGCUAUAUUAUGCUCAUGCGCAGUCUCGAAUUAAACUACCACCACACGAAAGAAAAGAAUUGAAGAGAAAGUUGUUCAUAAAAAGUAAAAAGUCACUAAGACUAUUUGAUAAGUUUAGAAGAAAUAAAGAAAAAAAGCAGUCAUUUUCGUCACUUGACUCGAUAACUUCUACGAGAGCACCGCCUUAUGGUCAAGAAAGUCAGUCGCCUAUAUCAGAAAUGCCAAAUGGCGUUUACCAAGAAACUGAUACCGACGUUAUAACGGUUUCGUCUACAAAUUCAACUCGAAAUAAUUCUGCAUCAACUGAUGCGCAGAACAGACUGCAUACCAUAUCGGAGACAUUGUCAUCUACCGGAAGUCCAUCCGUCACCCCUAUUGAUGUUGAAAUAUCUGAAUUGGAGCACCAACAUAGAGUUGAAACAGCCAUGCUGCUCAAUAACAUGGCUGAAAAUACAGAGCGACUAAAGAAUGAAAAAAGGAGACAACUUGAGUUGAUAAAUGAAAGACGAGAACAAAAAAGACAAUUACGUGAGGGAGGUAAAACUCCUCGUUCAGUCCCACCGGCUGCUGCCUCCAAGGGAAAGAAGUAAUUGGUCCGUAAGAAGGGAUAACCAUAAGGAUAUGUUCCCAGGGAACUUCAAGCCUUUCAAAUCCGUCCAAUACGCUGUGAAGUAUCAACUGCUGAUAUAUUCUACUUUGUUGUACAUUUCCAUAGAUAUUUUAUAUUUAUAAAAAAAAAAAAAACACUAAUUGACACAAUUUACAAAUGUAUAUUAUAAUAACACGCAUACAUUGCACCGAACUCUUGCUUUAUAUAUAUCUGGUUACUUGUCCUGGUAAGAACUAAAAAUAGAUAAUUUUGCACAAGACAGGAUGAAAAUGAUUAUUCUGCAGCACAAAAUGCAGGAAACUUAUUUAUUUGUACAAAUAUGAUAAUAAGCAUAGUAUUACGUAAAUACAGAUGAAAAUAAAUGAUCAAUCCGGAAAAUUUAAGAUUGUCUUAAACAUGUUAAAAGACAUUUUAAAUGAUAAACGAUAUUUAUUCUACUUCUUUAAGUACAGAAGUCAUGAUUGCAGUUCAUGCAUGCCAUUUUUCCACCGUAAUUCUCACACAAUCAAUAUACCUGUAGUACACAUUAAAUUGCAAGUUUUUUCAUCGUCAUAUACAUGUGUAUCUCCACAAGAAAAUAACAUAAUUAAUUUAUAGCAGGGAUUCAUUUACAUUUAUUGAUCUUUCAUAAAAUUAUCAAGUUUAACUUGUUUAUUUCGCACAUAUUGUAUUUAUGAAAAUUUAUAAACAUUUUAUUUCAUACCUCCAUUACUAUACUGUAUGGAUUUAGCUCAUUGUUGAAGGUCGGUCAGUGGCCUAUAUAGUUGGGAUAUUUUCAUCCUUUGGUCUCUGAUGGAUAGUUCUCUCAUUGGCAAUCAAACUACAUCUUAUUUAUAUAUUAAACAUACUAUUCAUCCAAAUUUGGCAGAAAUGGUCACCUUUAAUUAAAUGCUAGCUACCAAAUAUUGAAAAAUAUAUUGAACAUAUCUUGUUAUUCGGACAAAUAUAUACAUAAUUUAUUUUUUCAUAACGAGUUUGUCCAUAUGUUAUCUUUUCUCAUUUUCGCUCAAUAAAAAAAUGUCCAGAACUGA